AUGGGCAUCUUCAAGCGACAAACACAAAAAAGCCAAUGUUCGGCUGUUGGACCUGAGCUCCUUGCUGUUUUACCAAAAGACUUGAAGCCAUGGUACAAGACGGGACAUCUGGUUCGGUUGAACCUAAUCCUUCUGGUACCUCUCCUUUCAGCAUCGACUGUUGGAUUUGACAGUGCCAUGAUGAAUGGGUUGCAAAGUCUCCAUCAGUGGAAAUCAUACUUUGACUACCCAGAUGCUUCAUUACUCGGCAUCAUCAACGCCAUUUACCCGAUCGGGAAAUUACUUGGUCUCUCCCCCGCAGCCUGGAUCUCAGAUCGUUACGGAAGGAGAAAAUCGAUGCAUGUUGGAUUCUUCUUCUUGAUUCUAGGAGCCGGUAUUCAAGGCGGUGCUCAGACACUGUCGAUGUUCAUCGUUUCGCGGCUUAUUUUAGGCUUGGCAACAGCAUUCAUCUUGUUACCUUCUCCGCUUUUGAUCUGCGAGCUUGCAUAUCCCACACAGCGAGGAAAGCUGACUGCGCUUUAUAACACGUUCUUUUAUCUCGGAAGUGUCUUUGCGGCUUGGUCAACAUACGGGACAUUCAGAAUCCAGUCUACUUGGGCUUGGAGAAUUCCUUCAACGCUCCAGGGUGCAUUUCCCCUGAUUCAACUAUGCUGCUUCUACUGGGUUCCAGAGUCACCUCGGUGGCUCAUCGCCCACGGGAAAUACGACCAAGCACGCAAGAUCCUCACAAAGUAUCACUCAGCCGACGACGCGGACUCACUAUUAGUCGAAUUCGAGCUAGCUGAGAUCGAAACAGCUAUCCGAGCAGAAAGCACCGCAAUGUCCCAGAGCUCGUACAUGGACUGCAUGCGCACCGCUCCAAAUCGAAGGAGAACGUUCAUCGCAGUUACUCUCGGAUUCUUCGCACAAUGGAGUGGUAACGGAGUAGUGGCCUACUAUCUCACUCUCGUUCUCGACACUAUCGGCAUCAAAGCGACAUCUUCCCAGACUCUUAUCAACGGCAUGCUCCAGAUUUUCAAUUGGACCAUUUCAGUGGUUGCCGGCGCCCUCAUGGUCGAUCGGCUUGGCAGACGGACUCUCUUCCUAAUCUCGACUGUGGGAAUGCUUCUCUCGUAUAUUUGCUGGACUGCACUGAACAGUGUCUUUGCUCGCGAUAACAAUCAAAUGGCUGGGUAUGCUGUCCUCGCAUUUAUAUUUAUCUACUACUUCUUCUACGACAUCGCUUGGACUCCUCUACUUUGGGCAUACCCUGCAGAGAUAUUUCCAUAUACACUGCGAGCACGAGGUUUGACCAUCACUCUAUCGUCGGCAUAUUGUGGAUUGAUACUAGGACAAUUCGUGAACCCAAUUGCCAUGGUCAAUAUCGGGUGGAAGUAUUACAUUGUUUUCUGCUGCCUGCUUGCCAUGCUCUUAGCAAUGGUAUAUUUCUGCUACCCCGAAACAAAAGGCCACACGCUCGAGGAGAUCGCCGAGAUAUUCGAUGGGAAGAGAGUUGGUGUCGUCGGGCGAGGGGAGUCAAGUGAUGAUAUCGUGACGGACAAAAGUGCCACGACGGAACGCACUCCUGAAAAUUAUAUAGGAAGAUGA